AUGUUCGGGUUAAAAAUAUCAUCAUGUUGCACCGAAAGACUUGGGGCGAAUGAUGUUUGUGGCAACGAUCAGACGAUCAGUAAUGCUGGAGUGCCGAUGUCGUUGUUGCGUAGUGUCAAUCCCGUGCAGUGUCGAUCUAACAAAGUGAAAUAUUUGACACCAGAUGAAAUUUUAGAGCUGAUGAAUCGCGAUGAUUCUGAUUUGAGUUCACUGUCAGAUGAAGAUGAUUAUCAAAGCGACAAUGGAUGUGAGAUGGAUGAUGUUGAUGAAGAUCAGGAUGUAACUUUUGACUUUUCUGCUCCAACUCAAUGGGGAAUACAUACAGAUAAGUUCAAUCAAUCAGUUUCAUUUGAUUUUCAGGAGGUAGGAUGCUUUGAAUAUCAAAAUUUGGCAAAUUUCAGUAACAUUCGAUCCGUAACACGUACUGGCAAGAGUAUUAAUGCAUCAAAAGAAGAAAUGAUGACAUUCAUAGGCUGCAGUCUUCUUUUGUCCUGCUGUGGGUAUCCCAGGAUAAAAAUGAUAUGGGAAAGGUCCACACGGUUUUCCAUUAUAGCUGACAAUAUUUCUAGGGAUAGGUUUUUUCAAAUUCGCAACAAUUUGAAAGUUUUAAAUGAUAAUGAUGUCGCAAAGGAAAUAAAGGAAAAAGAUAAAUUUUGGAAAGUCAGGACAAUGCUAAAUAAAAUACGAGAACGUUGCUUGAAGCAAAAAAGGCCAAAAAUUGUUUCAAUUGAUGAACAGAUUAUCCCUUUUCAUGGACAGGUUUCUAUGCGACAGGUAUGUCAGAGAAAGCCAAACCCAGUAGGAAUAAAAGUUUUUGUAAUGUGCUCUUCGUACGGUUUGCCUUUAGAUUUCAUCUUUUAUGAAGGAAAGGGAACUGAUGUUACAUCUCCAGAGGAUACAAGUUUUCUUGACUUGGGAGGAAAAGUUGUUCUGAAGCUUUCGGACUCAUUAUUUCCCGGCUCCUGGACCGGUAUUUCGCUUCAGAAUUGCUUCUUGACUUCCUCCUGA